AUGGACAACUUCAGCAGAGGAGCCAAGAAAGCGUACAAGAGGUGGAGAAAUCCUGAACUGAGGGGUGAUGCGAAUGUUUUGGAUCGCAGUGAUGAGGACCAGGGCACAGACACUGAGAUCUGCACUACAGCCUGUGCAAGAGUUGACUCAGGGCAAAGAGAGUCUGCAUCUAGAUCUGGAUUUCAUAAAUCUGAAGAAACCUUUACAGUAGACGAGGCACUGGAGGCCAUUGGUUUUGGAAAGUUCCAGUGGAAAAUCACUUUUAUCACUGGACUGGCAUGGGUAGGAGACUCCAUGCAGUUAUUGAUCCUCAGUAUCUUGGGCCCCCAGCUGCACUGUGAGUGGAGGCUGCCCAGCUACAAGGUGGCUCUCACAACAUCGGUAGUGUUUUUCGGGACGGCGAUAAGUUCAGCUCUUUGGGGGAAGGUCUCAGACAAGUACGGCAGAAAAGUAGGUCUGACAAUUUGUUUGGCCUGGGCUCUGUACUACGGCCUGUUAAGUGCCAUUGCUCCUGUGCAUGGCUGGCUCUUGGUCCUGUGGUGCCUCAUAGGCUUUGGCCUUGGAGGAGGUCCUCAGGUGGUGACACUGUACACAGAAUUCCUCCCACGGAAGUCAAGAGGCACCUGCCUCGUGAUGUUUAAGGCAUUCUGGGCAAUUGGUUGUGUGCUCGAGGUCCUCCUGGCAUUGUUGAUAAUGCCCACUCUUGGCUGGAGGUGGCUGCUCAGCCUGUCCGUUGUACCAAUGGCAGUCUUUGUUUGCUUCUGCCUUUGGCUGCCUGAAAGUCCUCAUUUUGACAUGCUGACGGGAAAAACGGAGAAAGCCAUGGCACUGUUAACGCGCAUCGCCAAAGAGAAUGGCAAGGCCAUGCCUCAAGGGAAAAUGAUUACAUAUUUACAGAAUGACCGUGGACGGGUCAAAGAUCUCUUUACUCCUCAAUAUUGGAGGACUACACUUCUUCUGUUGUUUAUAUGGUUUGCAAUUGCCUUCUGCUACUACGGGAUAGGCCUGUUGACAACUGAGCUGUUUCAAACUGGACAUUCAUGUGAACCAACCAUAGGGGCAAAUAAUGAACUGAGCUGUAGUCUGGAAUGCAAAUAUUUGACAUCAGCUGACUACAUAGACCUUUUAUGGACGUCUAUGGCUGAAUUCCCAGGUUUUUUCUUUAUUCUUAUAGCAAUUGACCGUAUUGGCAGGAAAAAGACCCUUGCUCUGUGUUUCUUCACAUUAUCUUUGUGUUUUCUGCCCUUAUUUGCGUGUAUUGGGAGGACAACUCUUACAAUCUUCAUCUUUAUUGGCAGAACCUUCAUAUCUGGAGGAUACCAAGCUGCUUUUAUUUAUACAACAGAGGUGUUCCCUACAGAAAACAGAGCCUUAGCACUGGGGAUUUGCAAUGGGGUGUCGAAGGGGGGGGCCCUGAUUACCCCCUUUGUGGCACAGGUGAUGCUCGGGAUAUCACAAUACUUGACCCUGUCCAUAUACUGUGUUUGUGGUCUGCUGGCCGGCGUUGCAUGCUUGAACCUGCCCAUUGAGACAUUGGGCAGGGGUCUGCCGGAUUCCAGUCUUUACCAGGAGGCUGGAGAGCAGACUGCCACCACAACCAGUCAGCCAAAUGGCACAACAGACUCCUCGGACCAGAGGUAG